AUGGCCUCAAUAGUAAUUCCCCGCUCUGCUAUGCGCAACCUUUCCCGGGCCGUACCUUCCUUGCGCUCCAAGACUGCACGCGUCGCCACAAGAUGUCUACAUCAGAAAUCGUCACCCAUCACAGCAUCGCCCGUCCAGCACCGACCUAGAGUACAGCCAUGGGGCUUGAGUACCGCCUCCCCAGUUGUAGUAGCAGCAGCGCGCCGGACAAUGUUCAUCCAGACCGAGCCGACGCCAAACGCUGACGCCCUCAAAUUCAACCCCAACCAACGAGUACUCCCCGAAUCGGUGUCCUCGCCUUUCCUCGAAUACCUCAAUCCCCGCUCCACACUCGCACCGCCGCAUCCUUCCCCACUCGCCGCACAGCUUCUCAACAUUGACGGUGUCACAUCGGUCUUCCUAAGCGUCGACUAUAUCACCGUUACCAAAGAUAGCGCAACACCAUGGGCGCACGUAAAGCCGGAAGUCUUUGCCAUCAUCAACGAGUUCCUGACGAGCGGCCAAGCAAUUGUCAACACCGUAGCAGCCAAGGACGGCGAACAAGGUCAGGAGGGAACAGACGUUGACAGCCUCGCAUACAACGAAAACGAUGACGAAGUCAUUGGCAUGAUCAAAGAACUCCUGGAUACACGUGUCCGUCCUGCGAUUCAGGAAGAUGGUGGAGAUAUUGAGUUCCGCGGCUUCAACGAUGGACAGGUGCUUUUGAAGCUGCGAGGCGCGUGUCGCACAUGCGAUUCGAGUACUGUCACACUAAAGAAUGGAAUUGAGAGCAUGUUGAUGCACUACAUUGAGGAGGUGAAGGGUGUGCAACAGGUUUUGGACCAGGAGGAGGAGAUUGCAUUGAAGGAGUUUGCCAAGUUUGAGGAGAAGUUGAGACAACAAAAGGGUCCGGAUGCGGCGCCUUCAACAGUUGGGAAGGGGAGUUUGGAUUUGGCCGAAGGCUAG